UUAAUACAAAAUAUCUGAACAAAAAUAGAAACAUCAGCCCUCUUGAAUAGGAGAAUUCCCAAAUCCAUUCAAAAAACAAAAGAAAAGGAGAUAAAUAAUUGGAACUACUAAUCUUUCAUUUUUAAGAGAGCAUGUAUGUCUGUUUGACUGUUUCUCUUGUCCCAUAGAGAGCUCCUCCCCUGGGCCUAAUAAACACUUGGCCUAAACGAUAAUUUUCAUCCCCUCUGGUCACCACAUUAGAGGAAAUUAAAAAGAAUGAGAAAACCUGUGGUAAGGGAUCUCAUUAUCUUCACCAAUAGUUGAACUUCAUAGAAGAAUAUAUAUAUGACACCCAACUCCCCACUGUUCUCCCAGUUAAGCAAACAAACUUUGAAUCUUUUGUUUCUUUGAAGCUCAGAAGUUUAAUUUUUUUUCAUUAACUCCUAUAAUCAAAUAAAUAUUUUUUUGACAGAUAGUGCAUUAUUCAAAAUCUGUAAAGGGGGGUGUAUUCGUUGUGGAGUUUAAUAGAUUUCUAUGGAUUUUAAAAGUCUGGGUGUAUUCGUUCCAGACUUUUAAAAGUCUGCAGAAAUCUGGGUGUAUUCGUUUAAGACUUUUAAAAGUCCAUAUAAAUCUGGGUGUAUUCGUUUCAGACUUUUUAAAAUCCAUACAAAUCUAGGUGUAUUCGUUAUUCCAUUGACUUCAAAUCCGGAAUGACUUUCAUGGAUUUCAUCCAAAAAAUACACACGACGAAAUCCGGCCAAGAACCACGAGAAUUGAAAUCCAUGAAAUUUUAAGCGAGCGCUGAGUUCCAGCGCCCGCGGCCAAGAAGCCAACGAGCGCCGGAACUCAGCAUCCGUUGAUAAAGUCCAGCGCUCGCUGGGUUUGAGCGGGCGCUGGGUUCCCAGCGGCCGCUGGGUUUCCGCGGUCGCUGGGCCCAGCGCAUAAACUAAUAAUGCCACAAGGGAACAAAAUAGUAACCAGGUAUUCAUUGCAAAAUAGUCCAGCGAGCGCUGGGAACAAAAUAGUCAGGAGCUGGAGGUUUUAAUAAGUAUGGAGGAGCGCUUUAGGAACUACAAGAAUGAUUUGUUCAGUUUCCAGAGCAAGGAGCUGGACAGGGAGUUGGUAGGCCAAGAAGAGAACAAGCGAAUCAAUGCAUCACUUGGCUCGUAUUUGAGAUUGUUAUCAGGAUACCUCGAGUUGCAUUCUGCAUUGAAGACGCUGGAGUAUUUGAUUCGUAGAUACAAGAUUCAUGUGUACAAUGCAGAAGACCUGAUUUUAUGCGCAUUGCCAUAUCACGACACACAUGUAUUUGUUCAAAUAAUUCGGUUAAUUGAUGCAGGAAAUAGUAGAUGGAAAUUUCUCGAUGGAGUUAAAGAAUCAGGUGCACGGCCACCAAGAGAAGUAAUUGUGCAACAUUGUGUCCGAGAUAUGGGGAUCUUGGAGACUAUAUGUAAUUAUGUAAGACUUUUUUGGGCUUAUGAUUUUUUAAUCAGCAAGCUUUGCUCCUAUCAUGAUUACCUGAAAGCGUAUUUGAUCGGUGACUAUUUUGUUCCCAGCGCUUGCUGGGUUUCCAGCGGUCGCUGGGUUUCCAGCGGUGCUGGGACUCAGCGGGCGUUGGCAUCAUGGAUUUCAAUUCCAGAAUUAUCCCCUAAAUUCUUCGAAAAUCAGUGAAAAUUGAGGUGAAAUCCAACCACGAAUUCUUUGAAAGUCGUCUGGAAUCUAUGUGAAUUCCAUGGAAUUUAAAUUCCAUGGCCUUUUUAAAGUCUGUGGAAAUCCACAACGAAUACACCCCCUAAGUGUUAACAAUUGAUGCAUCCAGGAACAAUCUGAAAUCAAUUUGUAAGUGAGUUUAACUGAAAGAGUCCAUCGUUUUAAUAUAAAAGCCAACACAAUCAAUGAAGAUAAAAAUCCAAUGAAAAAUGGAACCUUAUAUAGUUAUAUCACAGGGACAACCCGCAAAACUCAAUUGAGUCUAGAUUGCUGUAAUUUGGAAUACAACU